AUGACUCAAUUGCUGCCGCGACUUUUCCCCCGCUCUUUUCUUUCCCCUCCUACUCUCCUAAGGACUUUCACCUGUUCGACCGCGCCCAAGAAGCCGUCCAAACGAAAUCCCAAGAUGGCCACCGUCAGCACUAAGACCGGCCAGGAUGUCGACCGUGCCGUCCUGGAGUCGAUGCUCCGCCGACGCAUGUUCUAUACCCCCUCCUUCGAGAUUUAUGGUGGUGUGUCUGGUCUAUAUGAUUAUGGUCCACCAGGAACCGCCCUCGUCGCCAAUAUGACUGACUUGUGGCGCAAGCACUUCGUGCUGGAGGAGGACAUGCUUGAGGUUGACUGCACUAUGCUUACCCCCCACGAUGUCUUCAAGACCAGCGGGCACGUGGAUAAGUUUGCCGACUGGAUGUGUAAGGAUCCUAAGACUGGUGAGAUCCUCCGUGCUGAUCACUUGGUUGAGGAGGUUCUGGAGUCUCGUCUGAAGGGUGACAAGGAAGCGCGCGGUCAAAAAGUCGUGGUCGACGCAGAGAAGGAGGCCAAGAAGAAGAAGAAGAGCAAGGAGAGCAAGGCUGUGAAGUUGGAUGAUGCUGUCGUGAAGGAGAUUGAGGAGACUCUCGCCCAGAUCGACAACUUUGGUGGCCCCGAGCUUGAGGCGAUCAUCAAGAAGUAUGACAUCCGCAACCCUUCCACCGACGGAGUCGUCAACCCUCCCGUUUCUUUCAACCUCAUGUUCCAGACCGCCAUCGGCCCCAGCAGCAACAUGCCCGGAUACCUGCGCCCUGAGACCGCCCAGGGUCAAUUCCUCAACUUUGCCAAGUUGCUCGAGUUCAACCAGCAGAGCAUGCCCUUUGCCUCUGCCUCCAUUGGCAAGUCCUUCCGUAACGAAAUUUCUCCUCGUGCUGGUCUGUUACGUGUGCGUGAGUUCCUCAUGGCUGAGAUCGAGCACUACGUCGACCCUGAGGGUGGCAAGAAGCACCCCCGUUUUGCGGAGGUUAAGGACAUUGAAAUGACCCUGCUUGACCGCAAUGUGCAGCUAUCUGGCAGCACCAAGACCACUAAAAUGACCAUCGGCAAGGCCGUCGAGACUGGUCUGGUGGACAAUGAGACCCUUGGUUACUUCAUGGGACGUAUCCAGCUCUUCCUGCUUAAGCUUGGUAUCGACUUCAACAAGCUGCGCUUCCGUCAGCACAUGGCCAACGAGAUGGCUCACUACGCUCAGGACUGUUGGGAUGCUGAGCUGCAGAGCAGCUACGGCUGGAUCGAGUGUGUUGGCUGCGCUGAUCGCAGUGCCUACGAUCUAACUGUACACAAGAACAAGACUGGUGCCCCUCUUGUGGUUCGUGAGACCCGUGCUGAGCCCCUACGUAUUGAGGAGUGGCAGGUCGACCUCAACAAGAAGAAGUUCGGCCCUCGUUUCAAGAAGGACGCCAAGACUGUUGAGUCAGCUAUCGAUGCUCUUUCGCAGGAGCUGCGCGAGAAGCUCUCUCUCGAUCUUACUUCCAACGGCAAGAUCGAGGUUGAUGUCGCUGGUGUUGGAUCUGGCAAGGUUGAGCUGGAGAAGGACCUGAUCACUAUUGAGAAACGCACCCGCAUCGACAACGUCCGCGAGUACACCCCCAAUGUCAUUGAACCUUCAUUUGGUAUCGGUCGUAUCAUGUACUGCAUGAUCGAACACAACUACUGGUCCCGCGAAGGUGACGAGGCCCGUGGUGUUCUUUCUUUCCCCCCUGCUAUCGCCCCCACUAAGGUGUUGCUAGUUCCGCUCUCCACCAACGCCGCCUUCAAGCCUUACACUCAACAGAUUAGCUCCAAACUGCGCCGCCUGGGUGUUUCCAACCGUGUAGAUGACUCAUCUGCCAGUAUUGGCAAGCGCUACUCUCGUAACGACGAGUUGGGUACACCCUUCGGUAUUACCGUCGACUUCCAGUCUGUCCAGGAUAACACUUUCACUCUCCGCGAUCGUGAUACCACCAAGCAGGUCCGAGCCAGCGAGGACGAGAUCUUGCAAGCUGUGAAGUCGCUUGUUGAUGGCGAUGAGACCUGGCAAGAUAUUCUCAAGCGUCUUCCAGAAUUUACCGGCCAAGAGGCAAAGGUAACCCUCUCUUGUCCGCUGUUCUCAGCGGAUUUUGACCCACGGAAUAAUGAACGUUUGCUUGUUGGCGGCGGAGGCGGAGAGGGCCGCCACGGAGUAGGAAACAAGAUCUAUCUCCUAGACACAUCGAAUCGCAAUAAAGUUACAGAAGCUGUCGAGCUGAGCCUAUCACGCGAUGAGGACUCGGUGACGUCGCUUGUGGCCGCGCCGCAGGCUGACGAUGACGAGAACGCGUUAGUUAUCUUGGCUGGUAUCAAUAGCUCUGCUGCAGAACAAAAGAAGAACAACAACCAGCACUUGCGGUCUUUUCGAUUUGAAGCUCCGCGGAAAAACAAAGCCCUUACUACGACCAAUUCAACAGAUACAGAUACAAAAGCGGGAGGGCAGGAAGAUAUCAUUCCUGGGAAAGCAACCGCAUUAAACCAAGCAUCCAUUUUUCGAUCUAAGGAUGGUAAGGGCUCAGGCGAUACCUAUCAACGAGUGUUGAAGUUGUCGCCGUGGAAGAAGCAGAUCUCCGAAAAGAGUAACAAAGCCACAAGAGUCGGUGCCAUUGCGACAGGACUUGCGCCGUCUGGCGAGGUGGUUUUCUUCGAUGCAACAAAGUCAUCCAAUUGCUCUGGCUCUGAAGUUAUUGGCCGCAUUCGUCUCGGUGACAAUGAAGAAGCAGAAGAUGUGGACCUUUUCAGUCUUGAUGAUCCCGAGGAUGCGACCAAAGGCCGGUUCCGCAUAGCAUAUACUACCGGCUUGGACGUGGUAGUCGGUUAUAUCUCAUCUUCAACCCGGUCUAACGCUGCACCAGAUGUCAAGACUGUGUACAAAGUGCCCCUACCCACCAGCGGAGCCCAUCUUUCCCGUCCCAAGUUCCGAGCACUACGCUUCCUCUCACCUACUGUCAUCCUCCUCUUGCAAAAUGCACCCAACCGCAGCGGAAGCGAGCUGGUUCUCCUCCAACUGCCAACGGGCCAGGAAACCGAAGGGCAGAUUAUUCGUCGGCGCAAGCUUCCCCGAAGUGUGAAGAUAGGUCUAGGCCUUGAUAUCUGCCCACUAGGCACAAAUGAGCAAGGCCAGCAGCAAACCAUCAUCGCUGCCAGCGGUAGUGACCACUCCAUCUCACUCUGGACACUUGACUAUGGGCCUAAUAGCAGCUAUGGCAAGAUCCGUCCCUACACCACCCUCCGUGACGUGCACCCGUUUUCUAUGACGAAGCUAUGCUUCUCAGUAUUUACUCCGCCUGCACACCCCAUUACUCCAGAAGUGCUCCCGCAAAAGGUCAAACUAGCCUCUGUCAGCAUGGGCAACACUGUUGUCAUCCACACUCUCCCACUCUGCCCAUUCCCUGCCUCCUCGCGUACGGCGCGAUACACUCUAAGUCUCCCAGGUACAUCCGAGACUAUGGAACUCAUCUACUACCUCCUUGCCCUCCUCCUUGCUUUCCUUGCUAUUCUUCUUGCCAUUCUGGCUUUCGCGGAGAGCCGUGGCGCUACGCCACCCUUCCUCUUCAAGGAUUAA